AUGUUAUGCAAGGAUGGCUAUAAAUAUAGGUAGAACAGCUAAUUAAAAUUAUUGGGGAGAAAUUUAUAAAUUGAAUUUUAAUUCAUUUCUUCUAUCUCGUUAAAGUAAUUAUUGAUAACAAUAGUUUAACCAAAGUUUCCGUUGUUCAUCCUACUGAUAACCUUAUUUGUAUGCUUUGCUAUAAGAAGUUCUAGAGGGGGUAAUAAUAAGAAUGGUAAGGAUCACUACCACCAUUAUAAAACCUAGUUCACAAGUGUUCUAAGAGAUUUGAAGUAAUCAGAUAUGCAAAUUAUACCUUAGAAUUAAAAAUGAUCAAGCAGAAUUAUUAGAAUAAAUGAUGCAAGUAUUUGACCUAUUAUCUAGAGCUAUGAUGGUAUGCAUCCAUCUCCAAAUAUGCUCAAUCUGUAUUUGGUAUUGGGUGAAGAAGUAAUGUUGUUAAAAUUACUAAGGUAAGACGAAUAUAUGUAACAUAGAGACACUUGAGUGAACAAAGAAAGAGCAUUAAAUCAAUGGGCUCAGAAAGAAUGAAUCUGUUUUAAGCGAUUUUCGAUGUUUAAGGAUGUACAUCAUUACCUACUUUAUGUAAAACUUGUCCAGUAGUAAGUUUAAGAGUUUAAUUUGUUAAUAAUAUCUUGCUAGAUUAAAUAUUUUCCUCAAAAAGUAAAAUGAAGGAAAUAAACUUGUAAAAUAUCGUUCAUCUGCUGUAAUCCUUUAAUUUCCCUAAUUCAUAUUACGAUGGUUGGGUUAAACCUGUUUGUUAAAGUAGGAUUUAUAUUAGAUUUAGAAUGCGAUUACACUUGUUUGACUUGUAAAAUGAUAUCGAGUAGAUGUGA